UUUAUCGCAAGCUUAUCAUCGCAUCACUCUUCAUAUUUCUCGUUCUCUUCUACUCUGAUUUCUCUCCAGCUUUUUCGCAUUCUCUACAUUCGAGUACGGAAUAAUCACAAUAAAACAUAUGAUGGACGUUCUUUGGCAGAGUAUAACCGAGGUUGCACCACCCACCCCACAAUUCACGGACGAGCAUGUUUCUGAUCUCGAGGGAAAGACAUACUUGGUCACCGGUGGAUCAUACGGAGUCGGACGAGAGCUUGCAAAAGUUCUCUACUCCAAGAACGCGAUAGUCUACCUCGGCACACGGUCAGAGACGCGAUUCAAUGACGCGGUGGAAUACAUCGCAGCCGAUGCCGCUUCCAGUAAAGGCGAACUCCGUCUUCUGCAGAUGGAUCAAAUGGAUCUGCCUACGGUUGUACGUGCUGCGCAAAAGAUCAUUUCAGAAGUCAAACGCCUGGAUUCGGUGUGGUAUAACGCCGGAGUGAUGGGCCACCCUACAUUGACGCACACAGUCCAGGGAUUCGAGCUGCACUGGGGCACAAACGUCGUCGCUCAUUUCCUGCUAAACGCCUUACUUACAGACUUGCUGCUUAAGAGUGCGCGCGAGUCAAAUGGUGAAGAGAGCGGCGAGUGGGGAAAAGUUAGGGCGAUCUGGGUUGCGUCGGAUGCUAGCUUGUUCAGCCCUGGUGCUGAUGGGAUUAACUGGGAUGACAUUAAUUAUGAGAAUUCAGCGGCUAGUCAGAUGACGCUGUACGGACAGAGUAAAGCUGCGGCUAUUAUAAUGGCUAAUGAAUUUGCUAAGCGGCAUGGAGAUGAUAUCGUCAGUCUGUCACUCAAUCCCGGACAUCUGGUGACAGGCAUGCAAGAAAACCGGCCGAAAUGGCUACAAAAGCUGGGGAACCUCUUCUCCUACCAUCCGAAAUACGGCGCAUACACCGAGCUCUUUGCAGGAUUUUCAAAAGUGGAUAAAAGCCAGAACGGGUCAUAUGUGGUGCCGUGGGGAAGAUUUGGCACGCCAAAGACUACUCUUCGCGAAGGGCUGCGAGCACGGGAUAUUGGUGCACGGCUAUGGGAUCUGCUUGAGCAGGAGAUUAAGCCUUAUGUUUAGUGAAUGAAUAGAGCGUCUAGUUUGGUAGUGGUAGUGUACUGAGUUGGAAGCUGGCACUGACCAGACUGAGAAGCGUAGCGCCUGUAAAUCUAGGUGUAUCUGGUUUUCGCAGCUACAGUAUCAAGCAGUUCAACUCUACCGGAAGUCAGCCAUAGACCAUUAAUACCGAAUACCUCACCAGUCAACUACAAAUAAUCCAAAAAGAGCAAUAACUAGAUGUUAAAGCCUCCCA